AUGCAGGAGUCCGUGAGCGGGGCCAGUCGUCGAGUCUACAUAACAAGCGUGGGCUUAAAGUGGAAUUCUGGGAUUCUGAUGAUGAGGGUGAUAACGUGUAUAUAUCUCACUUCCCAAAAGGGGAGGACUUUGUACUUCGCGGACCCUUCACUGAUAAAUCGCUCCUGCGGGAUCACCUCGGAUAUUCGGCCGCAAGACAGACUGGAAGAAAGUGUGAAGAGGGACAAGAACAGAGUAAAUGUGGAGAAAAUACAACCAGACGGGACAACUGGAUUGAUACUGAAGGUUGACGCAGCAUUCGGGGAAGGCAGCGCUGCACUGGUGAAAGGCACCUUUUAUACGGAGGGGGCAGAUGGAAAAGCGGAUGUACUGCAGCAGGGUUUAUUCAUAGACUAUCCCAAUGAAAAAGACCUUACUGAGUCUAUUCUACGCAAUACACAGGAAUUCAUCAGCGGCCUAGAGUCGGAACUGGAUCGCAUCAACGAUCCCGCUGCCACCGAUGCACGCAAUGUUGAAUCACCCUCGUAUCGAAAAUACAUAGAUCCGACGUCCUUUGUAGAUUACCAGCUGAUACAGGAGCUUGCAGACAACGGCGACGCUUACUUCCGAUCGACAUUCUUUCAUAAGGAGAUUGGGGGCCGUCUGCAGGCCGGUCCCAUCUGGGAUCUGGAUUUGGCGUUUGGGAAUGUUGGAUGGGAUAUGGAAACGCCUGCGAGUGACUUCAAGUACAACUUUAUGGAAGGCAGACCGUUCUUCGCUCAGCUUAAUAAGGACGUAAAUUACAAGUGCCUGGUUGUAUGUCGAUGGAACAUACAUAGAGUAGGAGGCCUGAGUGAUGAGUGGUUUGAGGGGUUCUUUAAUGAAAACCGGGCUUUGCUCUCGAAAGGGCCAUCCGAAAGGGAGUUUAAACGAUGGAAAACCUUGGGGCAAUAUGUUCCUCGAGUGGGACUCGGGUUUAAUAGCACAGCCCCAUCGUUCUAUCUCGAAUCGUGGGAGGACGAGGUUGAUAUGCUCCAGAAGUGGGUGUCGAUGCGACUACGGUUCAUGGACAAUGUGAUGCAGGGCCAGAAAGAGUACUUAAAUUGCGACUGCGAGUACGCUGACGAGUGGGCACAGAUUAUAGAGUGA